AUGGCGUCCGGUUUCCUCGACGCGCUCUUCCGUCGCCCACAGAGGCUCAUCGUGCUGGUCGCGCUCUUCCUCUUGCUCCUCUCCUUCUCCACCUACCUCUCCUUCUCGGCCAACGGCGUCCAGAAUGUCCGCGACCGCUGGAAUUCGCUUCCCGCCUUCUCCGGUCCACGGCCAACCGCCCAGAACGCCGGUGCCUCCUAUCCGCCACCCAAGUCCGUCGCAGACAUGUACACGCACAACCCCGGCACCCCUUCCUCCAUCGACGAGCUCUCCAAAUGGGCGCAGGUCGGCGACGACGGCAACCUCUAUCCGCCCACCUUUGUACCCCAGAUGGCCAACCAGGCGCCCCGAGCCAAGGCCGGCUUCAUCGUCCUCGUCCGAAACUCGGAACUCGAGGGCAUGCGCGCCUCCAUGCGCGACGUAGAGGAGAAGUUCAACCGCAAGUACGGCUACCCUUGGAUCUUCCUCAACAACGAACCCUUCACCGAAGAGUUCAAGCGCGGCGUCCGACAGAUGACCCGCAGCGAAUGCCGCUUCGGUCUCAUCCCCAAGGAACAUUGGGGCUACCCCGACUUUAUCAGCCAAGAAAAGGCCGCAGAGACGCGCGUCAAGAUGAAGGACACCAUCUACGGCUCCUCCGAGAGCUAUCGUCACAUGUGCCGAUACCAGUCCGGCUUCUUCUUCCGCCACGAGCUCACCCUCGACCUCGACUACUACUGGCGCGUCGAACCCGGCAUCAAGCUCUACUGCGACCUCGACUACGACCCCUUCGUCUUCAUGCAGAUGAACAACAAGACUUACGGAUUCACAAUGGCCCUCUACGAGUACUUCGAUACGGUGCCCACCCUCUGGGACACCACAAAACAGUUCAUCGCCGCACACCCGGAAUACCUCGCCAAGGACCACGGCCUUCACUUCCUCACCGACGAGCCGCAACGUCUGCUCGAACCUGGCUGGAAUCUUUGCCACUUCUGGAGUAACUUCGAGAUUGGUGAUCUACGCUGGUGGCGGUCAAAACCGUACAUGGACUACUUCGAAUGGCUCGACAAGGCUGGUGGGUUCUUCUACGAGCGAUGGGGUGAUGCUCCCGUGCACUCAAUCGCAGUCGCAAUCAUGCUCGAUCGAAGUCGAUUGCACCACUUCGACGAUAUCGGUUACUUCCACAACCCGUUUAACCACUGCCCCGCUAAUCGCAAGAAGUACCACGAUUCGGGUCGAUGCAAUUGCGAUCCCAAGCAGUCGUUCGAUCGCGAAGGGUACUCGUGCCUGCCCAAGUGGUGGCGAGGCGCCGUCGAAGGCGAGCCCAAGUAG